AAUCUUCAGUAUUCUAUCUAGGUAAAGUGUGUUAAACAACGAAUACUAAACACUUUGUUUCUCGAUAAAAAGAACAUUAGUGAAUAUCAAAUGUUGGUAACUGUUUGAAGCCAGUCAAAAGAUGUGACGUGAUGACAAUGGUGAGCAUAAGUGAUUUUUAGACAGCUAUAUUUAUUUCCGUGGCUCCGUUUCAUGCAUCCAUCACAUGCAAUGAAGCAUGAGGACAACAGGAUUGAGAGUUGCUCCUUCAACUCGCGCACUAGAAUCUUUGGAUGGCGAGGUUACCCCAACUUUUUCUCAAACGAUACACUUGACUAUUGACCAUUCUGGUAAUUAUAAUAUAAAGAAUGAGGAACAUCCAAAUGCCACAUUCGCAGUGAUUUCUCAGAGUUUACCUCCAAGAGAAGGUCUUGCUAGCGAAUUAGCAAGGCUAACACACCGGUGGUCAUUGUGUGAUUUGGAAAAUUUCAAGACGCCGGUCAACACCCCUCCGCCUAAACCACCCAGAGCCUUCACGCACGGGGAUACUGCCAAGGCAGAGAAGGAAAAAAAGAAGCGCUCUGUGACCCAUCCUGGACCACCAAUUACACCAACGGCUUUAUAUGAGCUGAAAAAACUCGACCGCAAGGCUUCCGUCAGAAGUGAUCCUGGCGAGGUAAGCCCACCAAGACCGAUAAGCUGCCCGCCCAGCCAUCAAACCGAUCGCUCCAAAUCUUGCGUCAACAACCGACGCUCAUCGACCUUAUCUUCAACCCAGUCGUCACCUCCUGGCUUGGAUAGAACCAGGUCAGUCUCAAUAGCUAUUGGCAAAUCGCAAAUGGCGUGGCAAUCUCUGAGAAGACGCAUUUUUCCAGAGGACGCCCCUCCUUUGCCAUCCACGCCCCCGCACCCUAUUCCCAAUUCGAACAGCAUUUUCUAUCCUCCUCUGCCCUCGCCUCCAGACUCUGGGCCUUCUACGCAAGCAAGUUCUCCAUCAACACCUACAGCAGUUCGUCCGAAGGUCACUCAACCUUCUACUCAACCAAACUUCAACGUCAGACAAUCACCUCAAACUCAGGGGCUGCAGUCGAAUGCCACUCCACCAACAGCUACACGCCCAAGACAACCUACCACAAAUCCUUCGCCAGUAGCUGGGGCAUCUGGAAUAACCACCACACAAAAUGGAUCUCAUGCCAGGGUAAUAUCUGACCCCGAAACAUCGAGAAACAGCUCUGUAUUUGAUAGGGGGCCAAUAACUACUAUUUCCGAGUUUGAAAGUACUUGCAAGCAGGUAUUCCACUUACAAAGAAAUGCUCGAGAUCUGAUGGAACAGAAGCAGUACAACAAGGCAGCGUUGAAAUACCAGAUGGCGCUGGGUCUUAUUGACAAAGUGCUGAAGACUCGAGUCCUGUUCAUCACACCUCAUGAACCAACUAGGCAAAGGUUAUUUCACUUACAAGAAGCAGUUUUCUCUAGCAGAAAGGAAAGUCUAAACGGCUUCACUGACGCUCAAGCAGCCGUGGACUUACCCCAAGAGCUAUCCAUGUCCGCCCCUCCGCCAGGGGCCCCGCCCUCCUACCAGGACGUCCUUCGGGAGGAUAGACGACGUGUCAGAGGUGCACCGCCUCCAGUACCUGUAAGGCCUCCGUCUUUAAAUGCAUCUACACCGGCAAACGGAGUAUUACCAAGACCUUCCCAGCCUCAGCACCGAAGCCAACACCAGCCACAUCAACAAAGAGGCCAUCCUAAGCCCCACCCACCACGGGGGCAGUUGCCUUCUCGCCCACGGCCUCCAACUCUGUCUCAGCCAUCUGCUCUGCCACAGCGUCAACUGUCAACACAACCUCAGCAGAUGACUUCAACCCAAAGACUGCAACCGCACACGAAGCCUCAGUUGUGUAGUCCUAGCAAUAAUCAAUCGCAAGCUCGGUGUCAGCCUGAGGAGCAGUCUCGUGGUCAUACGCCUGCUAGCAGUCAACCUCAAAAACCAUCUCGCACAAAUACAGUUCCUCCUAACAGUCAAGCUGAGAUGCCGCCACAUGGAUAUGCAUCCCCUAACGAUCAGCCUGAGACACAGCCUGAUUCCCAUUUAAGACAUCAUCCUCACCCUAAGACACCCCCAAAACCAAAGCCUCGUACUUCUGUGCCAAAAACCCAACAGCAAAGAACAUGUCAGAUGCCUCAAGCAACCUCACCAGUCGCCUCUCAACCUAUGCUUGAAAAUCCUUGCGAGAACGGUGCAGAAAUCAAUGUAUCCUCUAAAAGUGAAGAAGAUAAUAAUGAAGUGAAAUUACCACAACAGUCUUCUGAAGAAUACUCUGAUGAUACUCCACUUCAUAAUCAGUCUGAGAUCAAAGAGCAACCUAAGCAACCAGCUUAUUUAAGAAAUCAAGCACAACCCAUUGGUGAUCUAAUACGCCAGGCGUCCUUAAGGGGUAUCAAUCCACUUGCUAGAACACAAAGACCUAUAUCAUUAAUAAGUGAUGGAAUUCAGAUAAACGCACAAAUCCCAGGAGGAUCAUCACAAGAGGAUGACAAAACAAAAGGAGAAUCAAGCAUUGCAGGGAUCAAACCAAGAGUACCAGCGCAAAUGUCCUUGCCAAGACCAAAAUCCCAUUAUCAUCAGAAUAAGAACACAGAGUUUUCACCUCAUAUCUCUGAAGAAGGACUGUAUGAUAUUCCACGCCAUCAGCCAAAAUUUGAAGCCGCCCGUCACCAAGCUUUUGGACGGGAUUGUUCCAAUUCAGAUAGUAGCAAUUUUUCAAAAGCGGAGAACCAUGACCACAUCUCCGAGAAGCUGGGCACCCGCCCCAGGCCUCCAAAGCCCGCAAGGCGUAAGGCACAAGUAAAGCAGGUACUUCAAGAUCAAAUGAAUGACUUACACUCUGGUGAAGGGCCAAGCGCAUCGUCUGCGUUUAUCACCAGUGAAAAUUGUAAUUUCACUUCCAAAUUAGGGGGUUCAUCAGAAUCGGGGGACGAUCUCUCAAAGGAAGACAUCUCACACCCUAGAGAUACUACAUUGCAACAACCGAGAGUUCAAAACACGACUGGAACUGCCAUAUCCGAUCCUUUUACAGAUUUAGAUCCAUUUCCACCUUUGAUCCCAGGCAGUGUUCAAAGUGAUGUAUCAUUUACAGAGAACAAUACAAAUACUACAUCAUUCCUAAAUACAAAUGAUAACUGCACGACCACCUCAAAUACCAACACCCAGCCUAAAAGGGAGGCGGGACAACUCCAAACUCCUAUCAAACCUGUUCAUGCCACCGAAGUUUUACUGCAACCGGUAAAAUCACGUGUCCCAAGUACUAAUGAGGCCACACCUACCAAGAACCAGAGUAGUUCUGCCGAUGUUGACUUAGGGAAUUCAAUUUUAGAUGCCCUUGAUUUUGCUGUUUCUCCACAAUUACCGCAACUGCCAAAAGAGCGCGAUUACUCUCGAUGCCAAUCAGAAGAAACACUUCUUGAUUACUCAUACAACACUCUUGGAAGAUACCUCGAGUCCGCAGGCAGCCAAUUUGAUGUUAUCUGUGAAUUCGACCCUCUUUCAUCUCAAAAAUCUUCUAGGAGCACACUGAAUGAAAAUGAUGUUGUCUGUCCUGACGCUUUAGAGGAAAGUGGAAGCAACAUCACUCUCACUGCCAAUGAAGAGGAAACGAAAAUAGAUGAAUCAUAUUAUGCAGUUCCAAGAAAAUUGAAAUGGAAAUCUCCCAAUACAAGUGAUGAAAAACGGGACCCACCUCCAGAGGAAGUGAAAGACAGACGGAUGAUUGAAAAUCCAGGCAAUUUUUACGAAAACACAAAAACUGACGCUCUUGACGACAUUUAUGAUAAAGAUGCUGACGUUGCAUCGCCUUACCAUAUCUAUGCCGAGGUAGGAACUCGCUCUUCUGUCGCAUCCUCUGCAGGGUCUGUUACAUCUUGGCCUUCUGAAACUAGUAGGCAUCCCUCCUCCCCUAGCCCGACCUCCCCUUCAACUGCCGGAGGAGGAUCAAGCCAGGAUUCUUGCGGACCUUGGAGCUCCAACUACGAAGAGAGUGAACAUGAAAUUGCCGAUGACAUUGGUCGAUCUUCUUUCUACCGCGCCAACUCUAGUAAUCAGGGAAGCAUCAACAGCCUGUCCUCCUCGCCCCUUCCUCCCCGGGUUCCUGAAGGAUUCCCCGGCGCAAGUUCUUCCACUGACAGCACGAGAGAGAUACUCAGGAUCAGAGAAGGAGUGAAAAUAUUUUUCAUCUACGCUGAUGGUGUUAUCACGUCUCCCUGGAACAGACCUUUUCUUUCGGUUUCUAAAGACGCCAGCAAUCCCACUCACGGCUCGGGCGUGUUGCUUCGCGUGGGAAGGAGCCUCUGGUCGUGUGAGCUGAUAUCCAAAUCCACUCUGGUGUUCAAGUCGGACGCCAGCACUUACGUUUUCAAGGAAACCAACAACAAGCCUGAGUGCACCGCAGUGGCUGUACGAAUCCCUAGUACAGUGAGGAAGGUGCAGCAUGAGCUUCUGUCUAGAAUUAUGAAGGACUGUACACGACUCGAGGAAGAGCGACCAUCAGGAAUCACGAAAAGCGUUUCCAAAGGGGCAGCAUCGGCAGCAGAAAAAGUCAACAAAAUCGUGGUGAACAAAGAGGCUGAUUUUAAUCAAGCCUUCGUCAGAAGGAAUUCUAUCAGAGCCCUUAAAGGGAUGUCGAGGCGUCUCAAUUCGUUGGCCGAAAAGACUGGAAGCACCUUGCCGGAACUCCCCGAAGAGUACGAAAGUCUCCGGGAUGCUGCCAGCACCUUAAAGAUAAGCCGAUCUGCGAGAACUGUUCAGUACAUUUAAGUCGCAAGAUAAAUGUAAUCAAGUGAGAAUCUGGUGGUUACCGUGUGAGACGCUGUGGCCUUAAGGAGUACUUAUAUCUAGCAUUUUACGAGUGUGGCAUGAAUAAGAUUCUUAUAAAAUCAAGUUACAAGACAAUAUGUAUUACAAAUGUAAUAAUGGAUUUUGUGGUUGCGUGCGCUAUGCUUUUAGUCUUGAGAAGGAUAUCAGUCAGUGUCCGGCGUUGUAGUUUGAAGAAGAGUUAAAGGAAAAAAAUGAAAGACAUAGAUUGGUAACGUAUUGUUCAGUAUUCUAGUUUAAAGUCUUCGCUUAUGGAUUUAUUGUUCUACAUCAUACCAUACCCCGUCGAUCUUAUCAAUGUUCUUUUGGCUACAGUAACUUUAAUUGUAUGUAGGUAAGUUGAAAUCGGGCAGAUAUUUUAACAUAAUAAAAAAUGUUUUAUGAUAAUAAAUAAAUCAGUCCCUUGAUUUUUUUUUACUUAAAUACAUAUAACCCGAUAAAAGAUAAAUUUUUCUCUGUACAUUGAAAUAGUCUUGUUAGAAUACGCAAGCUUGAAAGUUAUGAUAGUAUAAGUCAAUUAGAAGAAUGGGGAAUCUUUAUUUGUUCAUACAGGGAGAGUGUAACUUAGCAAUAAAAUUAUUUUCUAACUA